GUCCGCUUGUCGCAAAGCAAACAGAGUCUGUUUGGCAGUUCUGGCGCUUCACUCGCUUCCGUAGACCACGUACUGGUACCUCGAUCAUGACGGCCCGCCCUUUGUCGCUUUGGCAGGUGAAGACUUGCGUCCUGAAGAAUACGAAGUCAUGCCCGUGGACGGCCCGCACACGGCAUCGCUCUAUCUCGGAUUCGGACACAGCUCCUUCGAGGCCGGCGACUACGAUAUGGCUCUGAAGUGGAUAUACCCGACUAUCGAGUACUUUGAGUCGAACGGCCAGCUGCUGAAUCUGAUCGGCGCAUACCGCGACCUAGCCGCCAUCCACCAAAAGAAGGGCAGCCACAGCGAUGGCCUGAAAGCACUCCACAAGGCCAUGGACGUUUUGCAGACCCCCGAGGCGGCCUCCUUUGCGACCCCGAAGCUGGAGGAAAACAUUUGCGUGCACAUUGGCGAGCUGCUCAUGCAAGGCAACCAGCACCGUCAGGCACUCGAGUACUUUGAGCGUGCACUCCGCCUCGCGAGCCAGCCUGUCUCUGCAAACCUGUUCUUCAAUCUCGGCCGUGCUCACGAAGAACUCGGUCACGAAAACGAGACUCGUAACUGGUACGAGCGGUGGGUUGAGGCAUCCCAGCCAAACGCCACCGGCGGGGUGGCGCUGACGACCGACAUGGUCAGCGGCAACAGCAGCAGUCACGGCAGCUCCUCGAUGGACGACAAGUCCAGCAUCUGCAGCCACGUCCCCUCGGGCGGCAACGAAAUAGGGACACUUGCGACGGCCCCCGGUGGCGGCGUCCCUCCUGGUGGUGAUGAGAACGCCCGACGGAUGAGCCACAUCCUGCAGUUUGCAAAGUCGCCAAAACGAUCCGAAUGGGCCCGCAAGCUCACGACCAAGGCUCAGUCGAUGUUCUUGAACCGCAAGUCAUCGAUUCCCCCUUGCGGUGCUGCUCCUGGAGCUUCGCUGGCGACAACCCCAAGCCGAGCCAUGACCCAACCCCAACGCCACGACUCGCUCCUGGAACGAACCGAGAACCUGCGACUCAACUCAUUCCCGCUGCCACCGCUGCAAUCAGAACCCCAGCGAGCUCGCAAGGAAGACUCGAUACUCGGGCCAGCAUAUCAAACUAUGGAUUCCCCAGAAGGCAUGUGACCGGAUGCCUUGGCCAGACGCAAUCAAUACAUGAAUUAUAGUACACUUUACACAUGCGCAAACGGGACAACACACCCGCUUCCAUGAACAUGUAGUAUGUGAUGAGCUUGCGUCACGCUAAGCUAUAAGAAAUAAACCGAUCACUUUGGCAGCCUCC